AUGAAUUAGGAUAAACAAUUCUACCUCUAUACAAUAGUGGAUCAAAAACCAGAUAAUAAUUUUUCAGUUGUUGGAGUUAUUGAUGGAUCUGGAAGUAUGAGUGAAUGCUGGGAAGACUUAUGCAAAGCUUGGAAUAAUUUCAUACAAGAUAUCUAAAGUUCAUAUUGUAUUCAAUUUGAUGAUACUGCUAUAUUGUAGUAGAAUCCUAAAUUGAAAGAAUAGAAAGGAGAAGGAACAAAUAUAUCUUUGGGUUUUCAUGAAUUAAUCAAACUAAUAAAGAGUGAAAAAUUGAAAAAAAAUGUCAUUGUAAUAUUUAUCACAGAUGGAGUUGGAGAAGAUGUAUUGGAGGAUUAUAUAGAUAAUUUAGCAGAAAACUUUUCAAAAUUUCAUGAAGAAGAAUAUUAAUUUAAGUUUUUUACUUUGGCAAUAGGGGAAACUUUUUCUCAUACUAUUGUGGCUGAAUUGAAAAAUAGAAUUCAUAAUUCAACAUUAAUCAGUUCUUAGAUGGAAUACAUUUCAAAUCCAAAAAUUGAUUUUUAAAAUAAAUUGUAAUAAAUCAAAGAGGAAAUUUUCUAUAAAUUGGUUAGAGUUGAACCUCCUGUAGCUUUGGUUCCAUAUGGGAAAAAAUAGAGGAGACUUGCACCCAAUCAAACGGUUUUCUCAGAAACUCCAAUAAUCAAAGUAAAUGGAGAGGAUAUCAAUCUUAAGCAAUAUUAAAUAACAUACCACGAUUUAUAUUAGUUUGUCAAUUAGAUUUUCUUAAAACUAAUGGAAGAUAGAUACCAGAGGGUUGAAAACAGUCAAAGAUGAG